UGCUACUGAAAACGCAACCCUACCUAUUGAUGGCGGAUUGACGCUUUUCGCUGGCAACAAAAAAUUUUCUUUUACAAGUAAUCAAAAACGUUGCACGCCGCAAAUUAAGAAGAGAAUUGUGCGUGCGAUUAAAUCGCGUACUACCGACGUCUAAAAAUAAGUGCAAUUGCAUUUUAUUUCAGUGUUUUGUCAUCAGUGGCAUUAGUGUACGGCACGAGCAGUAUUUUUUUUAGUUGCAGCUAUGAGACGUCGUAGCGAGCGAAAAAAAUCUACUUCGCCUGCACCUUUGCCGGCACGUCGCAGUCGCCGAUCACGUAAAAUAUCGGAAAAUGAAAAAAACGAAGAUGAGACGCUUGUGGAAAAAAUAGAAGAAACAAAAGCGCCACCAAUUAUUGAAGAAAUCAAUGAGGAGCGCGGAGAACAGCGAGCGUCAAGCGAAGAACGUGCCGUCGUAUCGCCAGUGCGCAAAAGCCGCACCACACGCACGACACCUAAAAAGCGCCAAAGCGCUAGCAGUCAGCGCGAAAAAAGUAGCGAGCGUAAGGUGGAAACCAUACCUGAGGAAGUAGAAAAUGGCUCUGAUGCGGUGGUAGUAGCGCAGGCGGAGACGGAGGCGGAGGCGAGUUCCACCAAAAAUAAUUCCGAUAUCGAUAACAAAGUAUCGGUCGAAAGGGAAACAGCCAACAAACCCGAUGAACCGCAAGCCGAACAGGAACUGCAGAAGAAGGAAGAGGAAACAAAACCCGAAACAGAUACAACGGAUACCAUAAAAAAGCCGAACAAACUGGUAGAUGACGAAGAGAAGUCGCAGGAGAAGUGCGUGAAGGAACACAGUGAUGAUGAAGCUGACGCUAAGGGAGCGCAGGAAACGGGAAAGGAUAAGGAGAGCAGAAGUGAGCCUAUCGUGGAGGAAGAGGUAAAAGUUGCGUCUUCUUUAAGCUUAACAGCAAGUAAGGAUGAAGUACAUCUAAAAACCACAAGCGAUGUAUUAGACAUUCAAACAGAGGACAUGGAAGAGAGGAAUACCGAUAGACCAGACCAAGCGGAUCAGCCCAAAGUGGAUGACAACCAAACGCCGGUCAAAAUUGAUGAGCAGAGGGAGAAUCACACUGAAAGCGGCGAGCAAUCAGUAGAAAAGCUAACUAACAAGGAGCAUACAAACAGCGAUAAACUGGAAAAUAUAACACAGCAGCGGUCCAUACGCAAACGCAAAUGGCUGAGCAAAAAAGUGGCCGAACGCGCGCCGCCUGUGUUGGCCAUAUCAACCGAUUCACUCAAGAACAUUAUAGCAGACGUGGUGAAUCCAGUGCCACUCAGUGAUGUGCAAUUGGAGUCAUCGUCAGAAGAAGAGGGCCUUGUUACCAGCGAUCAUGACACAGACGAACGUUCGUUAACCCCAGAACUGCGUGUCACAAAAGACCGGGAUGAUGGCAAUGCGACUGAUGAGGAACAUCAACAGAAACAGAAAUCGCAACCAAAAUCGAAUCAUGAGAAGGAAGCGGUGCCAACGGUACCAGCUUUAAGUAAAACAGCCAUCGAGCCCGCCGUCUCUAAAGCAAGUGCUGUUGCCCGCUCACCCAGUCCGGCACGCAAUCGUGCCAGCCACGUGCUCUUCAUUACCAAUUUGGUGCGUCCGUUUACGGUGCUGCAGCUGAAGGGUCUGUUGGCGCGCACGGGUAAGAUCAUCGACGAGGAUGGCUUCUGGAUCGAUCGCAUCAAGUCGAAGUGUUAUGUUGCAUAUGCCACAGAGGACGAAGCUAUUGAAACACGUCAUGCUUUACAUGGUGUACGUUGGCCAGUCUCAAAUCCCAAGUGCUUGAAUGUCGAUUUUGGAAGCCGUACAGACAUGGAUCGUGCUAUACAAUCGACAAAGAACGAAGCACCCAAAUAUCAACAGGACAAUACUAGAGAUAAUCAACACGCGGGCAACACUUGGGCACGUUUGGAUGCAAGCGAUAAAAAGCCAGCACGUCCAGUGCGCGAAUGGGAUGUCGGUAAAAAGGAGCCGAAUGAGCGCGAUAAAUCGAGCAAUGACAGACGCCGCAGCAGCAAGGAGCGAGUGGAGUCCAGAUUACGUGAAUCGGAUCGUGGUAAAGGGGCUGAUGAUUUGGAGCGCGCUGGACAGGAUCGAAAACGGUCACGAGAGCGCGAACGUGGUGGACGCGAACGGGAACGCGAACGCAGUGAACAACGUGUACAUGGACGUAGCAGGAGCGGAUCACCAGCGUUAAAAUCAAGAAAGAAGGAGAAUGAACCACCCAUCAGACUAUUAGAUGAUUUAUUUCGCAAAACGAAGGGAACGCCUUGCAUAUAUUGGCUGCCCCUGACACCGGAAGCUAUUGCCGAAAAGGAGGCGUUCCGUCAGAAGCGUAUUGAGGAGCACAAACAGCGUAUUAAGGAACGUGAGGAGCGCCUCAAGGAACGUGAACGUGAAAAGGACCGCGAUCGUCAGCGAGAUAAUCGCCGCAAUCGUUCAAACGAGCGUAGGCGCUCGCGCAGUCGCGAUCGGGAGCGGCGGCGUUACUAGACAGUAACUAAAUGAACAAGCGAAAUAAAACAAAUGAAGUAAACUCGACAACAAAAAUUUUAAAGCAACAAAUAACAAAAAAAAAGAUGAAAAAAUAGCAAACAUAUACAGCAACGUUCGUUUCAAGUGCUUUCUCCUGGAAGUUCGAACCAUUUUAUUUCUGAGUUGAAAAUAUUCAAUUUGAAGUCAAAAUAAGCUUCAAGUUGAAUAUUCCCCCAAUAACUCAACGAAGAAACUUAAUGAGAUUUACAAUUUCUUUCUUUUUCCUCCCCCAUUUCUAUUUGCUGUUCUAUAUAUACCUACAUAUAUAUAUAUAUACAUAACUUGAUUUGAUUUCUUUCCCAAAUGUAGCUUUUUACAGUGCAACAGCAACAACUACUACAACAACAAUUACACCAAGCAGAUCAACAGGCGACAGUCAGUCAAUAGAACGGCGACAAUCGCGGUACUCUUGGAUAUGUCUCUGCCUCGAAGUCCUAAAACUGUAGCCGCAAGUGUUUAAUUUCGCCUCUUAUACAUAAAUAAUUAUAUAUAUACAUAUAUACUUAAACAGCAAAAUGCAAAUUAAUUAACUGAAUUA